AUGACAAUGAAUUUUAAUCAAACAGGUAAAUAUCAAUCCCCUUAUGUUAAAUCACCAUCAUCUACCACUUCAACUUUCCCACCUUCAACAAAAUCAAACAAGCAACAACUGCUACCAUUGCAAAUAAACUCAUUCACCGACUCCACACCCUUAUCACAGGUAACAAGUAAAGAACAAGAACAUAUUGAAAAUAUAUGGAAAAUGUACAACCGUGCUCGUCACUCAUUGCCUUAUCAAAAACGAAUGGAGAACUUGACUUGGAGGAUGAUGUUUAUUAACAACAAAUCGAUUUUUACCAAUACUAACAAUUCGUCUAAAGAGAUUUUUGAACAAAGUUUGGACCCAGAAAUUGAUGACUUUGAUUAUGUGGCACAUAUAAAAAAGAUUGGUCAAUUUAACCAACAAAAAUCGCAACCGCAGCAACAACAACCGCAAGAUAAUCAUAAUAGUAUAUUUGAUGACAACACUUUUUUUUCUGGCAAUAACAACAACAGAGUCAGCUCAAGUGGCGGUGGUGGUGGCGGUAUGACUUCCAUAAGUAAUUUACUGAAAAAACGACCAGCUCCAUUUUCACCAUUGAUUCAACCAGAAAAGUCAAUAAGCACCACUACCACUACUAAUACCAUGUCACAAUUGUCACAACAAUUAAACGAAUUCAAUAAAUUUAAUCAUCCUAGUCAGACACCUAAUUUCAACGAUAUUGAUCAUCAUAUGGAUACUUCAAGUUCUCAUAUAGCCCCUAGUUCGACGGCUUUUGAGUUUUCCUUGGAUCCAUUAGCAUUUGAAGGACCAAAUCAAAACUUCCAACCUGAUCCCCAACAAGAUUUCAACACCAACUCUUUUGAUUCAAUGACAUCGUCAUAUGAGAGGCCCUUGUUUGACGAUUUUCUUCCUCGUGAUCAUCAUCAUAUUCAAAGCUCAAGUGUGCCUACUUCAGCAUCGUCAUUGUCAACAAUUGUGCCGAAAAAUACCCAGUUUUCAAUAACAUCACCAACUUCGACAUUUUCAAAUCAAGGCAAUAAUAAUAGUGGUUUCCACCGAUUGAACUCUACUGUCAGCAUUACAGCAACUCCAGGUAAUUUAUUACGUCAAGAAUCAAUGGUUAGUUUACCAGAUUAUGCCAAUCAUUUACGAUCAAUGUCACAAACUCCGACUUUGAAUAGUAGCAAUGCCCAAUUUUCACAUAGUUUAAAUGAUGCUGGUAGUUAUUUUAUGAAUAACUUCACAGGAAUCACGUUACCUAGUCAACCAUCACCACAACCUAUCCAUUUUGAUAACAAACCCAAAGAGGAUUACUUCAAUAAUAAUAAUAAUAAUAAUAAUAAUAAUAAUUCAUUGUCCGUGUCACAACAACAACCUUCUGCCAAGAAACUGAAACGGAAAUCAACUAGUACAAAAUCGAAAAAGAAAGCAACAAGUCCUGAAUCAACAAUAACUAAUACUGGAAGUAAUGUGACUAUAAAGACAUCAAAUUCAAAUCCAACUGCAAAGGGCACAGCAACAGGAUCAGCUGCACUGAAUGCAGGGGUCUCGUGUACAAACUGUGGUACGAAAACUACUCCAUUAUGGAGACGAAAUCCACAAGGUCAACCAUUGUGUAAUGCUUGUGGGUUAUUUUUAAAAUUACAUGGGGUAGUGCGGCCCUUGAGUUUGAAAACAGAUGUGAUUAAGAAACGUCAACGUGGUAACAAUAAUGGUAAUGCAAAUAGUAAUGCUACCAGCAGCAGCAACAACAACAAAUCGAAUAAUAAGAAAAACGAAAUCGAUGAUGGCGAUGAUUUAAAUCCUACUUCGAUCACUAGCAAUAAUAGUAAAUCACCUGCCAAAUCGAAAAAGAAUCAAAAUUAUGACAAUAAUAACAAUAGUGGUAUUAACAAUUUGGAUAAAUCUAAAUUGAAAAUCAAUACUAAUGAAAUCACCAAUCUUUCCGAGACUACAUCUAACAAUUCAUCACCAGUAAUCAACUUAAACCAUGGAGGAAGAUCUUCAGGAGUGUUUGGUAAUACCCCAGAUUACUUAAAUGGUAUCACUUCUCCUACAGUGUCACUUGUUAAAUCUGAGAUUGAUAAUCAUCAUCUACUGAAUAAUAGCAAUAACAAUGGAAUGUUAAUGACAAUGCAUCAGCCACUGCACCAACUGUCAUUACUGGCAACAACGUUUGACCCUGAAGUAGAAUCGAAUAAUGACGGUUCCAAUUCUAGUGGAGUCAAUACAUCGACAGUUAAUAAUCAGGAUUGGGAUUGGUUAAACAUGAAUUAUUAA